UGUCCACGUCUCCAUUUCUAGUGUGUCUCCCCUUUUGCUUAGUCUCUUCUCUGUUCCUAGAGUCGGUUGCAGUUUGCAGCGACCCUCAUCAAUAGUGCUAGUUUCUUGUAUAAAUAGUGCUAUUGAUUGAGUUUGUUUAGCCUUUUUCAUAGUCUUUUUGAAAGAAAUUCGUUGAAAUUUAAACACAAAUGAUGAGGACCCGAGAUUUAGUUAAUUAGGGAGAAGAAUUCACAAACACAACUUAUUUGUCACAAAAUAUGUCGGAGAAUAAUAAUUUUGUUCUUGGUAGAAAUAAAUCAGGAAAUGGUAGUGAGAAAGCUGUGACUUAUGAUGCACAUGGCAGUAUUUCGGCGAAAGGGAAAAGGAAAGUUAUGGAGGAUACUUUGACAGUGAAUUUAGGGUUUCUAAGGUGGGAAUCGAGGAAAUAUGACUAUUUUGGUGUUUAUGAUGGUCAUGGAGGCUCGGAAGUAGCAACUGCUUGUCGUGAUCAUUUGCACCAUUUGGUUGUAAAAGAGGUGGAGAAACAGCCCGGGAAAAUGAUAGAUUGGGAAAAGGUGAUGGUCACAAGCUUCCUUAGGAUGGAUGAACAAGUGAUUGCCGAAAGAGUUGAUGGUUUAACAGGCUCAACAGCUAUUGUUGUGGUGGUAGGAGAAGAGGUGUUGGUUGUUGCUAACUGUGGAGAUUCUAGAGCGGUUUUAUCACAUUCAAACAUUGUUGUGCCAUUGUCAUUUGAUCACAAGCCUGAUCGUCCGGAUGAGUUAAAGAGGAUUGAAGACUCUGGUGGAGUGGUUGUCAAUUGGAACGGGGAAAGAGUUCAGGGUGUUCUUGCAACUUCAAGAUCUAUAGGGGAUGAACACUUGAAACCACAUGUAAUAGCUCAAGCAGAUGUGACAGUGAAAGCAAGAAGUGAUCUUGAUGAGUUCAUAAUAUUAGCUAGUGAUGGUUUGUGGGACUUCAUAUCAAAUGAAGAGGCAUGCAAAGUUGUUAGAUUUUGUUUGGAGCGGCAAACACAAAAGAGCACCAUAAAGAAGUCUAGUGUAAUCACCGAUGAGAAUGAGACUAAGAGUCGUGCUGCAGUAGCUGCACAAAGCCUUAAAAGGAUAGCAAUGAAGCGAGGUAGCGAAGAUAACAUUAGUGUUAUCGUUAUCGAUUUGAACAAGCUCGGCAAAACUUCUGCCUAA